AUGCGACCUCAUGCCUAAACCAAACCAAACCGACCACCUUCAAGCUUAACCCAACUCAAUCAAUACAUGCAACUACUAUAACUCGCGUACAUCAAUUUAGCGGGCCCCCUUACAUCGGACGUCACAUUCAUAUCAAAUCAUGUCCUCUAAAUGGACCUUCAAGGCCCAACCUGGCAUCUUUGUUGAACUCGCUGACAUUGCCCAUGAAUAUCCUGGAGAAAAAGUCACGACGCAACCAAACCUAGGCCUCAUCCCAGAUCAAAAAUAUCCUUCGGAUGAUCCAGAUGCCCCAGAUCAAAGGGACUGGGCUCGUCUCGCGGCAUAUGUGAGAUGGCUCAAUGAGAAUAGCUCCGACAAUGUCUCAUACAAAGUCUUGUACCUCACACGACAUGGCCUUGGGGUACACAAUAAGAUGCACGCCCAAGUAGGCUCCGAAGCGUGGAAUACAAGAGUGUCAUUCCAAAAUGGGGAUGGUAAAGAAACCUGGUUUGACGCCUUUCUCACCGAAGUCGGUGAAAAGCAAGCUCAAGAUCUCAACUCCUUCUGGACCGAUCUUAUCGAAAAGCAAGGCGCACCACAGCCCAGAAUCUUUUACACAAGUCCUCUAGCGAGAUGUCUUCAAACAACUGACAUCGUCUUCUCGCCACUCAUGGCCUCACAAUCACCGCCUCAGCAACCUAUCGUCAAAGAACUCCUCAGAGAGCGCAUCACUCGCCACACCUGCGACUACAGGAGGGAUCGCACCUGGAUAGCCGAAAACUACCCCGGCUAUAAGAUCGAAGAUGGGUUUGAGGAGGAGGACCAGUUUACCAACAGAGUUGAGCCAGAGACUGAUGAGGAGCAUAUUGUAAGGAAACAGAGGGCUUUGGAGGAUAUCUUCAAUGAGACAACGAAAGACGACGACUUUAUAUCGUUGACGGUUCAUUCGUACGCGAUUCGAGCGAUUCAGGCUGCCGUGGGAAGUGGUGUUUGUCGGACACGUGAAGGGACAAGUAUCGCGAUACUUGUCAGAGGCGAGAAGGACGGAGAGGUAGACGGUCCAGAGCUGGACAUGAAUGACUAUGUGUCAGCGGAUCCUGAGGGCGUGAGCUCAUUGAGAAGAUUCUCCAUGUGAUGGAUGUCGAAAACAGAUGGAGUAGAUACAUGAUAUACCGUUAGAUCAAAGACAUAAUGUAGCGACGAUGCGUUGUUAUCUUCCUAUCAAAUUGGCUAUACUUCUUUGA